GUGACGUCACGACGCCCGCGCAGCUGCGGUCGCUGCCGUCGCACGAGUCUUUCCUAGUAACCUGGGCAAUAGCUGUGGAUGUUUCUAAGGAUCGUCUUCAGUCAUGGCCUUGGGAGUCUUGGGAUUAAAGUGCUUCCGCAUGGUCCACCCUGCCUUUCGAAAUUACCUUGCUGCCUCAAUCAGACCUGUUUCGGAAGUUACACCGAAGACAGUGCAUGAAAGACAGCAUGGCCAUAGGCAAUACGUGGCCUAUCCAGCUGUACCAGUCCGCCAUUUUGCUACCAAGAAAGCCAAAGCCAAAGGGAAAGGACAAUCCCAAACCAGAGUGAAUAUUAACACUGCCUUGGUUGAGGAUAUAAUCAACUUGGAAGAGGUGAAUGAGGACAUGAAGUCUGUGAUAGAAGCACUCAAGGAUAAUUUCAAUAAGACUCUCAAUAUAAGGAUCUCACCAGGAUCCCUUGACCAGAUUGCUGUGGUAACUGCUGAUGGGAAGCUUGCUUUCAACCAGAUUAGCCAGAUCUCCAUGGGGGCACCACAGUUGAUUUUGGUGAAUAUGGCCAGCUUUCCAGACUGUACAGCUGCAGCUAUCAAGGCUAUAAGAGGAAGUGGAAUGAAUCUGAACCCAGAGGUGGAAGGGACACUAAUUCGGGUACCCAUUCCCCAAGUAACCAGAGAGCACAGAGAAAUGCUGGUGAAACUGGCCAAACAGAACACCAACAAGGCCAGAGUACGGAAGGUUCGCACCAAUGCAAUGAACAAGCCGAAGAAGUCAAAGGAUACAGUCUCGGAGGACACCAUUAGGCUAAUAGAGAAACAGAUCAGCCAAAUGGCUGAUGACACAGUGGCAGAGCUGGAGAGGCAUCUGGCAGUGAAGACCAAAGAACUCCUUGGAUGAAAGUCUACUGGGGGCCAGCAAUACUCCAGAGCCCAGUUUCUGGUGGAUCCCAUGGGUGGCACAUUGGCACCUCUCUCCCUCCUCCAUCCACACAGUAGGCUGUGACCAUGCUGACAGAAGGCUGUCCUUGUGAGGCUCAGUCUUCCAGUGGAACACUCAGACUUGUUCAUUCUCUUCCUCCCUCUGCUCUGGGCCUUCUGGCAUGGGUGGCUCUCAGAAAAGAUUUGCUGCUGGCAAAGGGCCUUUACUCAGGCAUUUGCUUUGACUUGAUGUCGCCAAGGGACUGAGGCCAUUGGCAGACUUCAUCCCACCUGCUCCUCAUCUUAGGAGCCUCCUUUUCAAACAGGCUCUAUUCCCAUUUUAAAACUCUGUUUGGGCUGAUGUUGGCUGUCACCUGUGACUGGGCACUUACUAGAGGCCCAUUUUCACCAAAAAAUAAAAUCUAAAUAAAUCGGAAAGAAUAACAGCCACAAAGGA